AUGCCUCUUGUUGUGCCCGGAAUCCACACGUCCUUGACGGGGGACGAAAAGACCGCCUGGAUCGACAAGUUGCUGGGGAAGACACUCACCGACAACACCAACAACGAAAUCUCUUUUGCCAAAAAAGACCUGCCGGCGAGGCACCGCGUGCUGAAGCUUGAUACAGCGAUUACGGAAGACUACGUUGAAAACCGAAUGAACAUUUAUGUGGAUGACGAGGGCACUGUUCGCGAUGUCCGCUUUGGUUUCCAAACGCAGCAGCAGCCAAUGGGCGGGCGGCGCGACCCAGCCUCCUGGUUUCGGGUUGAGGCAGCUCCUGUCCGCAUCCCCACAGGCCAAACACACGACCUGCCUUGCAGCUUUCGACCUCACUUUCAUCACGUCUUUCCCCUCAACCACUGCUCCCUCGACCAGCCCUCUGUGCCGGCACACACCAUGCAAUUCGUUUUUGCCCGUCGAGGGCGCCGUGUCUUCCAGCGGCUGAACAUUCGUCAGGCCGCAGCCCUGUCGACUCGCGCAUCCCCUGCCGUGGAACAACCCAUCCGACGCGUUUCUCGCCUCUCCAAUGCUCGCACUGCGACGACCGUGGUCAAGAGCGCCUACUCCCCAGUUGCUCGUCUUAACAAUGCCAACCAAUGGGCCCGGUGCUACGCUACCGCUGCCGCCGAGAGCAAGACUGGCAAAACAACUGCUGGACGCCCCAAAAAGACCGGCACAGCCGCGAAGAAGCCUGCAAAGCCCAAGGCCAAGAAGGCCAAGAAGCCAAAGAAGAAGGUUGUCAAGCCCAAGGCAAAACCGACUGAAGAACAGCUUGCAAAGAAGAAAGCUACACGAGAGAAGCAAAAGCUCAAGGACGAUUUCCAGAAAACCAAGGCAGAAUCCUUGGUAGAGACCGAACCCAAGACUACCAUGUCCCACCCGUGGCCUCUGUUUGUCAAGAAAAGGCUCCAAGGCUCCAAGGGAGUCAUAACCUCUCAACUUUCCACUAUUUCCGCCGAAUAUAAAAAUUUGCCUUCGAGCGAACGAGAGGAACUAUCCCGUGAGCUAGAGAAGUAUAAUCAGGAGAGCAUCAGAGCCUACGACGAGUGGGUGAACUCGCAUACUCCGUUGCAGAUCAAGAACGCCAACAUUGCCCGACGACGGUUGGCUGCUCUCACAGCAGACAAGAAAACCUCCAUUAAGCUUUCACAGAUCAAGGAUGAGCGUCAGGUAAAGCGGCCUCGUACUACAUUCAUCCUGUUUUUCAAGGACCGCAUCAACUCGGGGGAUUUCAAGCACUUGACCAGCACGGAAAUGAGUUCCCAGGCCACAUCUGAGUAUAAUGCAUUGUCGGCUCCCGAAAAAGAGAAAUACACAAAAUUGGCGGAACAAGACUUGGAAAGAUAUCGUCGAGAAUCCAAAGAGGUCUAUGGUGAAGAAUCAUCCUAG